UAAAAGAUGCUUUUUACUUAAUUAGGUAAUGAUCUACAAUUAUCUCUGAUAAAUUUUCUUGAUUAAUAAUAAUGAUUGAAUGAACAAUGUCUCGUUUUGUGCAAAAGACAAUUUAUAUUUCACGUCAAGUCAAUUAUUUGACAAGUACUUCUUUAAAAAAUUGUCCUGCUCUAUCGAAGCAUUCUGCCUUUGCGCAGAGUUCAAGAAAUUUUCAUAAAUAUGUAAUUAAGAAUAAAAAACAAGUUUUUCAAAUUUCCAACACCUUGCAUGCGAAUUUUCGUUCAAAAUUUAUAUUUAAACGAUUUUAUGACGGAACACAUGGAGCACCAGGUGGGAUAUUUGGUAACCAAGCACCGCCGACACAAAAAGGUUCAGCUUUAGAAGAGUUUGGAUAUGAUUUAACCAAACUUGCAGCAGAAGGUAAAUUAGAUCCCGUAAUCGGCCGUGAAGAAGAAAUCAGGCGCACAAUACAGGGAUUGUCCCGACGAACAAAAAACAAUCCUGUGUUAAUUGGCGAAGCUGGUGUUGGGAAAACUGCGAUCGCAGAAGGCCUUGCCCAAAGGAUUAUAAAUGGUGAAGUUCCUGAAAGUAUCAAAGACAAAAAAGUUAUAGCUUUAGAUCUUGGUUCUAUCAUAGCUGGUUCAAAAUUUAGGGGCGAAUUUGAAGAUCGUCUCAAAACUAUAUUGCGUGAAGUUCAGGAGUCCGAAGGAAAGCUAAUUCUAUUUAUUGAUGAAUUACACAAUUUACUUGGACUGGGAAAGGCUGAAGGUUCAAUAGAUGCUGGAAAUUUGCUUAAGCCUGCUUUGGCAAGAGGAACCUUAAGAUGUUGUGGUGCAACUACCAUUGACGAAUAUCGCAAGUAUAUCGAGAAGGACCCGGCUUUGGCGCGUAGAUUUCAAUCAGUUAUGGUUGUAGAACCAACCGUUGAAGAUACAAUUUCAAUUCUACGGGGUCUUAAAGAAAGAUAUGAGGUUCAUCAUGGAGUCCGCAUUGCGGAUUCAGCUUUGAUUGCCGCUGCCACAUAUUCUCAUCGAUAUAUAACUGAUAGGUUCCUUCCUGAUAAGGCCAUUGAUCUAAUCGACGAAGCGUGCUCAAAACUUCGUCUUCAACAAGAAAGUAAGCCUGAAGCAAUCGAAAAUCUUGACAGGCAAAUAAUUACUCUUCGCAUAGAAAUGGAAUCAUUGAGGAAGGAGACAGAUCCAAUAUCUAAAGAGCGUAGAGAGAAACUACAAAAAGAACUGGAUGAAAAACAAAAAGAAUCAGACAAGCUUAAUUUACUUUGGCAGGAAGAAAGAGCUAAGUUGGGUGAAAUAAAAAGUAUUAAAUCUCAAUUAGAGCAAGCAAGAAUAGAACUAGAAGCAUCCCAAAGACAAGGCAAUUUCACCCGAGCUAGUGAAUUGCGUUACGGCAUUAUUCCAGACUUAGAGAAAAAGCUUCCUCAAGAUCGUGAAGAAGAAGGUUCCGAAUCACUAAUACAUGAACGAGUUACAGCUGAUGAUAUUGGAGCAGUAGUAUCUCGAAUGACGGGUAUUCCCAUUCAUAACUUGUUACGAAGUGAAAGGGAUAGGUUACUUCAUAUUGAGGAAAAACUUUCACAACGCGUUAUUGGGCAGGACGAAGCGAUAAAAGCUGUUUCAGAGGCAAUAAGACUAAGUCGUGCAGGCUUACAAAGUCCCUCCAGACCAAUCGCCUCAUUCUUAUUUCUGGGACCAACCGGUGUUGGAAAGACGGAGUUAUGUAAAGCGAUUGCAGAGUUUUUAUUUGAUACAGAGUCUUCUAUUGUGCGCGUAGAUAUGAGUGAAUAUAUGGAGAAAUUUGCAGUAUCGAGAUUAGUCGGCGCUCCACCUGGCUAUGUUGGGUAUGAAGAGGGAGGUGAACUUACUGAGGCUAUUCGAAGAAAACCAUUUGCUGUCGUUCUUCUGGAUGAGAUGGAAAAGGCACAUCGAGACGUCGCCAACCUUUUACUUCAAAUUUUGGAUGAUGGUUUUAUUACUGAUUCUCAAGGCCGAAAGGUAGAUUUUCGAAAUACCAUUAUCAUUAUGACAAGUAAUCUUGGUGCAGAUGUUUUGGCAGCAUCAGAUAUCACGGAAGGGGGAAAAGUAAGCGAUUUGACUAAAUCUGCUGUUUUAGAUAUUGUUAGAAGGCAUUUCCCACCAGAGUUUGUUAAUCGAAUAGAUGAUAUGGUUGUCUUCAACCGUCUUACUCGUAUGGCUUUAAGAGAUAUCGUUGACGUACGUUUACGAGAAGUUCAAGUGCGUCUAAAGGAUAAACAUAUUAAAGUCGACGUAGAUGAACAUGCUAAAGCUUGGUUAGCCGAAAAAGGAUAUGAUCCUGUAUAUGGUGCAAGACCACUUAACAGAUUAAUACAGAAGAAAAUACUUAAUCCAUUGGCUAUGUGUUUAAUAGAGGGAUCUAUCAAAAAUCACGAGCCUGCCCGAAUCAGGACAGUGAAAGUAGCUAGUAAUGAAGAAGAUUUGAUUAUUGAGAAAAAUCACGAAGUAUCAACAAACCCAUCUAAAAGUGGGAUAGACGAGUUUAAUGAAGAUUAAAUAAUUAUAAAUUAAGUUACAUAAGCACAACAUUUAAUAACAAAUUUAAUAAUUUGAAAACCGAUUAAGGGCUUUUGAAGUUUAUUGAUUAACAUAAAAAAAGAUUUUUAUUUUUUUAAAGAAAAUAUUUUAUAGAAUUACAAGAGAAUUAUUCCAUUUAGAUUUUUGGGAAAAAAUUUAAUCAGAUAUUUAUAUUGUGGUCAGACCUUAUAAUUGGAUCCGCAAAAAUCACAAAAUAAUAUUUAGGUUAGUAAAAAUAAGUCAGAUGUUAAUUAUAUGCAAAAUGUAAUAAUUUCAAUAAAUAACAGAUGGUUGAUAUUCAAUAACAAAAAUUUGGUUUGAGAUAGUAUAUUUUUGCUAGGAGUAGCUUAUGCUUGCUUAUCAAUGACUGUUAGUUAGUAUUUUUAUUUAAAAUUUUCAGUAAAGCCAUUAGUUAAAUGGUAUAUCUCUUUUGAGUUCAAUAA